AUCGCCGGGCCCCCGUGCCUUCCUCCCUGUUUCUGUGAGCGGAGCCCCGAGGAUGAGGGCCCUUGCGAGCGCUUCGGCGUCGGCAGCGGCGGUGGCGCUGUGCGUGUGCGCGCUGCUGCAGGGCGCAGCUCAUGCCUUCCCGGCGGACGCCGCCUCCGCCGUCGCGCAGGCGCACACCUCCGUGCAGAACAAGGCCCAGAGCGCGCAGAACUUAGCAUCAAACCUCUUUGCCGCCUUCUCGAAAAGUACACAAGACGACCCUGAAGCGGCGACGAUACCCAUUACAAAAAAGAUGUAUGACUUCAUUGAAAGUGUUUUGGUGAACGUGUUAAGGCCGAAACCGAUCCUCGACACUAUCAAAGAGGAAGAGAAGUAUGGCAAUGAUGGCGAGAAGUUCAACAAAGUUGGUCGUUCGGUGGUUGGAGGAGUGGAAACCUUGACAACGUUAAUUGCUUCGGCAGCU